AAAAAAAAAAGCCUUUUACACCUUCAAAUAUGUCACCACAAUUAACUAGACCCAGACCAAGGUCUAUGGCUACCUGGCUUUUAAAAGAACAUCUGGACGAAGGCCUGAUUUCUUUGGAUGCCGAUUAUCAACGUGAUGUCAAGUGGGAUGAAGACAAGAUGUGUGCAUUGAUCGACUCUAUUUUCGAGAAUUUUUACGUGCCACCCCUUCUUUUUGCCGUUAGAAAAGUCAAUAACCGUAACACACGUAUGGUGAUUGACGGAAAGCAACGUCUAACAGCAAUUAACAAAUUUAUGACCAAUCAGUUUCCAUACAUCGAUCCUGAAUCAGGCGAGUGUAAAUACUAUUCUAAACUGCAAGAAGAUGAAAAGGACGAAAAGACGUACUUGUCAAAUGAUGAGAUUGAAGUAUUUCACCAGUUCCAGUUUGUGUGUGUGGAAUACAAUGGAAUAACGGUUGAUCAAGAGUACGAGGUCUUUUCACGCGUGCAGUUGGGAGUAGCUAUUACACCUGCAGAAAAGUUGAAGGCACAUAAUACACCUAUUGCACGAGAAUGUCGAGAGUUAUCAAGCAGGUUUAUUGAAUUGAAGGGACUUAUAGCACGCAAGCCUACAGAUGCUGUUUUAUUUCAAUUGAUUUUACACAUGUUUCUGACACUCAAGAAUGGGACUGAACAGUUUCAGGGACAAAUCGGUUUUCUUCAUCAACUUGUGACAUCCCAAUAUGAAGUACCUAGUCGUCAUAAAGAGACAGUGAUCCGUACAUUACAGACGAUACGGGAAAUUACGACAAAUAAGAAUUUGAAGGAUUAUCUUGUCAAGAGGAAUAAUCGUUCCUGCCUUGUCAAGACAUUGGAGGUGCUACUUUUCAUGUUGUUCCGUGAUAAAGUCGGUAGGCCACGUUCAGUUCAAGCCUAUGCCAAUGAUUUCUAUGAACUGAGAGUAUUUUUAUAUGCAUACAAAAUGGGUGGUAAGAUUUUUAUGAGCAAAGAAAUAUUUAUGGCUGGAGUACAAUUUGUGGAGGAAAGGAUUGAAAGGUUGGAUCUCGCUCCCGCAAGGGUCAUUGCACAAGACGUGGAUGAUGACGAUGACGACGAUGAUGAUGAACUUAAACAAGAGGAAUACAUCUUGCAGGAAGAAGAGGAAGAGGAAGUCGUUAUUGCUCCCAUCAAAAGAAGACGCAAUGGUGUACGCCACACUGCCCGAAGAGGAGGCAAAUUCUCUGGAGGCUUACCUCGCUCAUAAGCUAUUUUUAUUGGAAAAGAUGGGUGGUGUUUACUAUUAUAAUUAUCAGUGUUAUUGUUAUGCUUCUCCCUCUCUCUUAUUAUCUUUCUUUUUUUUUUCAUUAAAUAAAAAAGAUUUCUUUAUGCUUGGUAGUAGUUGUCAUAACUAUGUAGCAGUCAA